AACCCAAAAUGAGCGACGAAGGUGAAAGUAAAUCGGAGCAGGCGGAGAAACCUGAAGCAGCGGAGAGGCAGGAAAAAAAGGAGGAAAUAGAAGCGAAGGAAGCUAAAGAGCCAAUUCCCGAUAGCCUUUCAGCCCCGCAAGUUGAUGACAAGCCGGCAGAAAGUGAAACCCAAUCGGAUAAUCAAGCAGCCAAAGCGGAGGAAGCAAAAUCACAGGACUUUGCCGCCUACGAGGAGCACAUGACCUAUGCAGCGGAUGGUGGAGCCAUCUACACGGAUCCCAGCACCAAGCAGAAAUACAGAUGGUGUACCGAACAAAACAAUUGGCAGCCUUUAAGUGCCGAUGAGGCAGCCAGUGCAGGAGAUCUCUACGAGACGGAGCACUACAAGUGGUGCCCCAAGACGGAACAGUGGUUGCCCAAGAAGCAGCAGGAAACCGAAACGGAGCACUACAAGUGGGAUGGCGAGCAGAAGAAGUGGAUACCCAAGCAACCGAAUCCCGGCCAGGAAGGGGUCUACGGUGUGGAUGAGCAGGGAGAGCGCACUUUCACGGACAAGGACGGGGCCGAGUUCUUUUGGGAUGCCUCGAAGAGUGCCUGGUUCCCCAAGAUCGAUGAUGAUUUCAUGGCCCGCUACCAAAUGAACUAUGGCUUCAUUGACAACACAUCGGCGGGGGAGAAGGAAAAGGCUGACAAGGAGGCGGCUGAGGCCAAGAGGAAGGAGGAGGAGCUCAAGCGGAUGACGGCCGAGGCAGAGGCAGCCAUGUCCAAGGAUAGUGCGGCAUCCACAGCCGCACCCACCGGCAAGCGGAAGGUCCAGGAGCCACCAAAAUGGUUCGAAAUGGAUCCCUCGCAGAAUACCAAGGUCUACGUCUCCAAUUUGCCCCUGGACAUUACCAUGGAUGAGUUUGCCGAUCUGAUGGGCAAGUGCGGCAUGGUUAUGCGGGAUCCCCAGACCCAGAAGUUUAAGCUGAAAUUGUAUGCCGAAAAGGAUGGUCAGAUCAAAGGUGAUGGCCUCUGCGAUUACAUCAAGGUGGAGAGUGUCAAUCUGGCGCUGAAAAUCCUGGACGAGUACAAUCUGCGAGGCCAUAAAAUUCGCGUCCAGAGAGCUCAGUUCCAGAUGCGCGGCGAAUACAAUCCCGCCCUGAAGCCCAAGCGCAAGAAGAAGGACAAGGAAAAGUUGCAGAAGAUGAAGGAAAAAUUAUUCGACUGGCGGCCAGAUAAAAUGCGUGGCGAGCGCUCAAAGAAUGAGAAAACUGUUAUCCUCAAGAACCUUUUCACACCCGAACUGUUUGAAAAGGAGGUGGAACUCAUCUUGGAGUACCAGAACAAUCUGCGUGAGGAGUGCGGCAAGUGCGGAAUGGUCCGCAAAGUGGUCAUCUAUGAUCGCCAUCCUGAGGGCGUGGCCCAGAUCAACAUGUCCUCGCCGGAGGAGGCCGAUCAGGUGAUUCAAAUGAUGCAGGGCCGCUAUUUUGGCCAGCGACAGCUAAGUGCCGAGUCCUGGGAUGGCAAGACCAAAUACAAAAUUGAUGAAUCAGCCACGGAGGCCAGUGAGCGACUCUCCAAGUGGGAUGACUUCUUGGCCCAAGAAGAAGCUGAAGAUAAAAAAGCAACAGCAGAGGAGCAGAAGGACGAAGAUGACAACUCCCCGGAAAGCCAGCUGUUGCCAGGAGAUGUCACCCCUUAGCUUCAAUUUACCUGCGAU